AUGCCCAAAGGCACCAACAGACACGAUGUCCGCAAGGCUGAGGCAAACGGGCAUGACGCGGAAGAGGCUCGCUCGCUCCUUUCUCACUCCGUCGACGAUGACGAUCUAAUCGACCACCUGGAGCCUUCCCAACCCCAACGUCCAUCCGCCCCUAAACGGCAUUCAGCGCUCGCUCUCUCUACCCUAAGCAAUGGGCAACCCCGUACUCCCCGUACUCCGAACCGUGUUCGAUUUGACCUUGGAGAUGGCACGGAGGAGGAACCCGGACGAGAUUCCUCAUCAAAUGCACGCGCUGGGUCAUGGCUCAACGAAGAGGAUUACCUCGACGGGGACACACGCUCCAUAAGGAGUAGCACUGGGCAAAUGGCCCCGCUCCUCACAGACAUCGAAGCACCCAGCGUUACCCUUGCGACCGCGGACUCAGACUUCCUUCCCGAAGAGCACCUCGAGAGUGCCCGGCCGAAGAGCAACUUACGAAACGCAUUCAUGAACAUGGCAAACAGCAUUAUAGGCGCGGGGAUUAUUGGACAACCGUAUGCAUUCCGCCAAGCUGGAAUGCUAAUGGGUUGUAUUCUCUUGGUUGCCUUGACAUGCACGGUCGACUGGACAAUUCGCCUGAUUGUUGUUAAUUCGAAGCUCAGCGGAGCCGACUCUUUUCAAUCAACUGUUGAAUUCUGCUUUGGGCGACCCGGAUUGAUAGCUAUCUCUAUAGCGCAAUGGGCGUUCGCGUUUGGGGGAAUGAUCGCCUUUUGUAUCAUUGUUGGAGACACAAUCCCUCAUGUCUUGGCCGCACUUUUUCCAAAGUUGAAAGAAUUACCAUUCCUAUGGCUUCUGACAGAUCGACGCGCUGUUAUCGUUCUUUUCGUUCUCGGGAUAUCUUACCCGUUAUCCUUGUAUCGGGAUAUUGCAAAGCUCGCCAAAGCGUCGGCGUUUGCCUUGAUAAGUAUGCUCGUCAUCGUCGUUGCAGUCAUUACCCAAGGAGUUCGAUUAGAACCCGAUCUCAAGGGUCCUAUCAAAGGGUCGCUUUUUGUCAACUCAGGCUUUUUCCAAGCUGUUGGAGUCAUCUCUUUUGAUCACAACAGUCUUUUGAUAUACGGCUCUUUGAAGAAGCCUACUCUCGAUCGCUUUGCACUGGUAACCCACUAUUCGACAGGAAUCUCGAUGGUCAUGUGUCUGAUUAUGGCAUUUGCCGGUUUCCUCACCUUCGGGUCCAAGACGAAAGGCAAUGUAUUAAACAAUUUUCCAGCUGACAACAUUCUUGUCAAUAUUGCAAGACUGUGCUUUGGCCUUAAUAUGCUAGCGACUCUCCCACUUGAAGCAUUUGUUUGUAGGUCGGUUAUGACAACCUUCUACUUUCCUGAUGAGCCAUAUAACGUGAGCCGUCAUCUCAUCUUCACCACCUCACUGGUCGUUACAUCCGUGGUAUUGGCCUUGAUAACUUGCGACCUUGGCUCUGUCCUAGAGCUUAUUGGAGCAACGAGUGCUUGUGUAUUAGCGUACAUUCUCCCUCCUCUUUGUUUCAUCAAGCUUAGCGCACAAAGCUGGAAAGCAAAAAUUCCAGCGGUACUUUGCAUUGUCUUUGGAGUUUCUGUCUUGUGCAUCAGCGUUUUGCAAGCAAUGGUUAAAAUAAUUAGACAAGAGGGUGGACCCAUGACCUGCUAA